UCGGUUUGUCAUCCCGACUGGUGUUGUACUGUAAUCGAUGAUUGAUCAUUGAUGGAUGUAUGGUACAAGGGAAGGGCGGGGCCGAGGAUGCGGCUAAGAUAGGUAGAUAAUGCAUGUACAACGGUCGUGAUGGAAGGGGAAGGAAGACUUUUCCUGGAUACGGUAGAUGGGACAUCUUUGAAUUCUAGGUUUUUUUUAGUUCGCGGUCUGAUUUGAGUUCGCUCGCGCCUGCUGUAUCCAGUCGAGAGGAAGGUUUAAGUGAGGGGUAGACAGAGAGGUCUUCACGUUUAUCUUAAAGCGAGAGAGCAGAUUGAGGAACAUUGGGCGAGAUGGCGAGUUCAAACGAAAAUCACAAUGGUCUAGAGAGAGAGGGAUCCAUCAAAGACCAAGAUCCAGACACGAAGAAUGCCUUCGCCACACGAACGAGCUUCAACCCGGACCAAGACGGCGACAGAGAAGGCGAGGAAUCCAUCGAAGAGCUCACCGUCCAAGAGAAGAAACUGGUGCGGAAGAUAGACUGGCGAUUAUGUACCAUCGCCGGGAUCCUAUGUAGUCUCAACCUACUCGACUCGGGCAUCAUCUCGAGCGCCUCGGUUACGAGUAUCUUUGAAGAUCUGGGGCUCGGGGUAGGGAAUAGGUAUUCGGUGUCGAUCCUGGUGUAUACGGUUGCGUCGGUUACGUUCCAGCUUCCGGCUACGUUGCUAGUGAGGUGGUUAGGGCCGAGGGCUAUGUUUGGGUGUAUUACUGUUAUGUUUGGGGUUAUUACUAUGUGUACUGCUUUUAUUACUACUUGGACGCAGAUGGUCGGGUUGAGGAUACUGCUUGGGAUUGCUCAAAGUGCUAUCUUUCCAGGUCUUAGCUAUCUUAUUAGCACGUGGUAUACCAGAAAGGAGCAGCAGUUGAGGUUUGCUUUCCUCCAAUCUGGAGAAGUGACUAUCGUUGGUCUUGGAGGCUUCCUCAACUUUGGUCUCAAUCACUUGAACGGAAAAGGUGGUCUUGCCGGCUGGCGAUGGAUGUUUCUUGUCCAAGGCUUGAUUGCUAUUGUCGUAGGCUUUGCUACUUUCUGGUGGAUUCCCGAGUUUCCAGACAAUGCUCAGAAGAGCUUCCACUUCUUGACAGCCGAAGAGCAAGACUUAGCCAUGUCCAGAGUCCAGGAUGACCGUGGAGAUGUAAAAGUCGAAGAGUUUGCCUGGCGAAAGUGUCUCGUGCACUUUGCGAAUCCCAUGCUCUAUGGCUUCUGCUCGUUAUACUUCUGCCUGAACCUCGUCUCGACCAGUCUUUCGUACUUUCUACCUAUCAUCUUGCAGUCUGGUAUGGGAUUCUCUGAGGAUCAAGCAAUUCUUCUUUCGGCGCCUCCUUACUUCUAUGCCGUCAUCCCGGUGAUCAUCUCUAGCAUUGUAGGAGACUACUACCAGCUUCGAGGACUCGUCAUCACGUUCAAUUGUGUAUGUACAAUCAUAGGAUUCAGUAUGCUUGGCUUCUCCUCUCAGGUCACCGUUCGUUAUGUUGGAACCUAUCUUGCAACUGGCGCCUACGUCAGUAACUGGGCUGCGAUGACUGCCUAUCAAACCUCAAACAUCGUUGGACAAUGGAAGAGAGCUACCUUUGCUGCAGCCAUUACAGCUUGUAAUGGUCUCGGAGGAAUCGCAGGCAGCUUCAUUGUGAGACAAAAGGAAGCCCCACGAUAUAUGACAGCGAUUUGGGUGAGCAUUGGCUCCCACAUCCUGAUCAUUGGCAUCGUGGCGGUAUUCACAAUGUACUUCUGGUACGCGAAUAACAAACAAAGGAAAGGUAAAAUGUUGGUUGAGCGGACGAUGAACUUCAGAUAUACUUUUUAAUGCCGAGGUUUUGUAUGCGGCAGCAGGGAGUUGUUGCUAAAUUGCACUUUUGACACACUUUAUGCAUGAUCCCCGUUCAGGCAGCGUUGCUGGAGAUUAUUCAUGUUACAUGACAUUUUAGACGGAAGUACCCUCGAAAAAAGUUCGAUCAUUGAAUUACGCUUAAUGUCUGUUAUUAAUUGAAAGAUCAAAAAAAAUUAAGAAUGUCUGUAGCGAUAAAGAAUACCAGAUAAUUCUAUCAGAUUCAC